AGAGAGAGAGAGAGAGAGAGAGAGAGAGAGAGAGAGAGAGAAGGAGGUAGAAAGAGGGAGGGACAUGGAAUAAGUUUUGUUUAUCUUGGUGAGUAGUUUCCAGGGCUGUUCGAAGUUAAAACAAACUGCCGUGCAGAGGAACACUUCCAGUGCCUCUCCGUUUUAGUGCGAGCAGCUGCAGGAUGGUCCUCACACUGCUAAUGGCUAUGCUGCUACACAUAGCACGCUGCCACGCUGGGCUGAGGGCCAGAGACCCUGAUGUAGAAGAGGAGAUGCAGGCACUCAGGGACUCAGAGCUUGGCACUAUGGGCACAGCUUACUUCCCCGUACCUCAUGGGCACAGGCACCACAGCACAGCUGGACCACUGCAGCCGCCGCUGGGCAUUCCAGAAACCCCACUGAGAGAGAGUUCACACCAGCCUGCAAGGACAGGAAACUGGUGUGCAUUUGUUCGUCAGCGUGUGGUGACCAUGGCUGUGCUGUGUGGCACUGAGACGUACACGCAAAAGUCAGUGAAUCCUUGUUCUAAAGGUGACCCUGACUGCCAAAUAUCCAAGUAUCAGCUCUCCUCACGGCCUGUGUACAGACAAAAACAGAAGAUUUUCACUGCACUGCACUGGAAGUGCUGCCCAGGUCACGGAGGCCACAACUGUCAGGAGACAGAGCAUGAAAACCAGGCUGGUCAGGAACACACAGGAAGAACUCACACAGACACUUCUGGAGUUGAUGAUUCAGAUGAUAAGGAGACUGACCUGCUUGAGGAUGGAGGCUGGGAUGACAGUCCAGUUCAGCAGCCUCCCAGUGGCCCAGUGUUUCCUGUCCCAGGAGACACUGGUUCUGGUGGGGUAAUUCCUCCUCCUGCCUCUCUGCAUUUCAUGGAUUCUACCACUCUCUUGAUGGCCCAUCAAAUAUUUGCAGCUCUGAUGACCCAGAUUCAACCAGUGCUGGAGGGUUUUAAUCGUACCCUGGAGCAUUUGUCCAGUGAGGUUGAAGACCUGUCUAUGGAUCUGCAGAAGCUGAGGCAUGGACAGGAGGGCCACAUGUCCAGCAGUAAACAAACUCGCACUGGAACAAUUGAGGAAAAGUUAGAGGACAGCUUUGUGCAGAUACGCCAAAUACAGACACAGUUGGACUCACAACAAAAACAGAUGGAAGAAACAGUACAGUCCCAACAAAAGGUGCUGCAGUAUAAUUUGACAAGCAUAAAGGAAGAAAUUGGUCAUCAUAUGAACAAGAGCCAUGAGAAAAUACAGGUGAGUCUCCAGUCUCUGAGUCAAUCAGUGGAGGAAAUGAGAAUUGGUCAGGAAAAUCUGGAGGGGCUAAAGCAGGAAGAAUAUGCACCCUCAGUCCGUGUGAGCGAAGGCCAGCCAGUCCUGGAGCCUGGUGUGUGGGAGGCCAUCAGUAGAUUGGACAAAAAAGUGCUGAAUAACACUAUGCAGCUCAGUGACUUGUCUGAGAACUCCACACACUUUAUGAGUGCUGCCCAGAAGCUGGACCACUGCCUAAAGAACCUGAGUGCAAAACUGGAACAGGUCAGCCAAAGCUCAGAGAUCCACUUUGCAGAGACUGGGCUAGAACUGGAGGCAGCUAAAGUGGCUGCCCUCAACAGCAUCAACGAAUUGGCUUCUAAUCUCAGCAGCCAAGAGAGGCAACUGAGAGAGCUUGAACUUUACCUGGACAAUAUUUUUGAGCAAGUUCAAAGAAAUGAGCCCACCACAACAGCGGAAGCUUGUAGCUGUAAAGAAAUCAGUGAGUCAUUGAUUUUGUUGGAAUUGAAGGUGGCUAAUGUGACAGAUUUGGCCAAAAAGAACCAGUAUGCUCUGGAGGAUGCUGAGGCAAUGAGAGCCCAAAGUCAUUGGUCCAUUGAAGUUGAGGAUCUUCAUCAAGCCUUAUUAAGUAUGAGGGAAUCACUGGCAUUUGAACAAGCUAAGAGCCGGACUCUCAGCGACAAUGUAUCCAAGUUGAAAGCCUCACUCCUGGGAAGCCAACAAGAGAUUCUUGGGCUGAAGGAGAGUUUCGUGGCCAAGGCACCGGAAAUCAGGCAUCUCUCUGCAUCGUUCUCCUCCCUGUUAAAGGAUGCCACCCGUCACGCUGAAGUUCUGGAGGUGCUUUUAGGAGAUGAGGUCAUGGAGUUCUUGAGCUGGUCUGACAGCCAGCAGAAAGAACUGUCCAUUCCAGUUCUGCUGCAGAAAAUGAGGCUGAUGCAAGACAAAAUAGAGACCCAUGAGAAUAGAUUGACCUCUAUGAGAAGGAGCAGUCCAGAGAAGGAUCAAAUGACCAGUGACGACCCUGUGGCAUUCUCUGAGUGGAGCCUCACAGAGGACAAGGGAAGGGAUGCUGAAGAUCACCAGGAAGAUCCCUUUGUACCAGGCCCGUCCACAGGGGAAGAGGAUGGGGACUACUCGGUCAGUGACUUCUGGAGCCUGGGGAAGGAAGUGGAGGAGCUGGCUGACAGGAUAAGCAAGCUGGAGCAGCAACAAUGCAACUACACUGCAGCCCCUGGUGGCUCAGUGAUGGAACUGCAGAGGGAGGUUGUAUCCCUGCGACAGGCUCUGGGGGAUCAUCUAAGAAUAUUCCAGAAUUUGUUUAGUUAUACAGAACAGCUGGCCAGCUCCUCUCACAGUCUGGACUUGGACCAGGUGUGGACCAUGAUUAGGAGGAAGGAUAGGAAGAGAAACAAGGGACAGAACAUGAAGGAGAAAGAAGAGUCAAGCAGCAUACGCAGAAAAAGAAACACUGGAACAGGGUCCUCAUAUUCUCCUGUGGCAUUCAUCACUAGCUUGCAACACAGGACAAAUACAAGAGGCACGCUUAUUCCCGAGAAGGUGGAUGUAAACCAUGGCAACGCUUACCAGCCUUCAUCAGGGGAAUUUCAUGCACCUCAGACUGGUCUCUACCUCUUUCUAGUGACAUUAAACUUUGAAAAAGGUCCCUGCCUGGCACAGCUAAAGCAUGGCAUGGUGCCUGUGGCCUCCCUCAGACAGGUACAGAUGGAGGGAGGGCCUUUGAGUCAAGCGUGUCUCCUGGAGCUUCGGAGAGGGGAGAAAAUUACACUGGAGCUGCUCAAGGGAAGACUGCGGCAAGGACAGCUUAAUGAUAACACCUUAUCUGGGAUUCUGCUGUUCAACACAGAGGAAAAGGACAGACUGUGAACAGGACUAGGUUUGAGACCGAAAUCUAAGCAGAAGUAACCCAGACUUACUGUGUACUGGGCUUUACUAAACCAUUUACUACUUGACUGUGCCAAAACUACGAAAGAUACCAAAGACAUUAGUUUCUUUGUUAGAGGCAGAUUUGCUCUCAUUGUGUGCCCCCUGUGGCCAUUUGUGGACCUGCAAAAACAACCAUGCAGGUCCAUUUGUAAUGUCAAGUCAAAUUUAUUUUCUGAUGUUGUCACAAAGCAGCUUCACAGAAAUCCAUUAAGGACAAAGUUUUAACAUGAAAUGUAAAUCCUCCAGGUGAGCAAGCCAGGGGCGACAGUGGCAAGGAAAAACUCCCUCAGAGCUGGGGAAGAAACCUUGGGAGGAACCAAGGCUUACAAGGGGGGGACCAAUCCUCCUCUGGUCAAACUACCUACAAAAUUAUUAUGCUACUAAUAUUAAUAGUAGUAGUUAAUGGACCUUAAUGGACAGGCCUUAUACAGCUACAGUGAGGGGUCAUAACGCAAGACAGCACCACUGACAUCAUUCACACGUAUUUUGUUGAGGUUGCUCACCAAUCUCUGGACAAAGGUAACCCUAGAAAAGGAUGCAAGUUGUGUAUCACAGAAUAAUUCCUUGACCGAAACUUAACUGCAAUCUCUCAGGUAAAGGGUGAACAGGGAUGCCGUCAACCAUGAAUCAGAACCUUAUUGCCCA